AGGGAUUAUAAAAUUAGUUUAAAAUGGUAAAAAAUGAACUAGUCAAGAGGAAGAUUGAUACUAUGGAUAAGAAACUAGAGUAUAUGUACGUAAGAUUGGGUGGAGAAGACCUAGAAAAUGGAAAAGAACUCAAAGGGCUUAAGAAUCUUGACCAGUACCAAGGAAUGGUGAUUGGCAUCAAGAACAAGAUUAACCGCAUUAAGGAAGACAUUGAGAAGAGAAAAGAAAACAUUAAGAUCCAUGGCUACCAGAACAAAGAUCGAAUUGUCGCAGAUCUUAGGAUAAGAAAAUCUAUUGAUGAAGCAGAGGAGGAAAUCAACACUGUAGAAAUUUUGGUUAAAAAGAAAGCAGCUAGUUACUCUAAAGAGGACCUUAAUAAUAGGAAUAAGACUAUUGGCCUUCUCAGGAAGAAUCUGAUGCUCCUCAGAGACGACAUAAUGGGGGAUAAGGCCAAUGUUAGUGUGGAUCAAGAUGCACCAAAUAAGAUCUUUGGUGAUUACAACAACACAGAUUCAGAUCAGAUCUCUCCAAAACAAGUGAAAGUUGACUUAGAGGGAGAAGAAGAAAAAUAUGUUGAUAGAGAACUUACUGAGGAAGAAAAACAAGCUUUAGUCCAAUUCAAGAAGAAUGAUGAAGAACUUGAUAAAAUACUGGACAAAGUUAUAGCUGGUCUUGGCCAACUCGAGGAAAAAGGAAAUCAACUUCAUGAAGGAAUUGAGAGACAGAAUGAAUUAUUGAAAAAGACUAACAAAAAGGUAGAGAAAACUAACUUAAGACUCAGACAACAAAAUAAUCACCUGAAGGAUGUCCUUCAGAAGAUCAGAAGUACCAAUAAGCUUUGCUGUGACUUAUGCCUAGUGCUAUGAUUCCUUGGAUUGUGAGGAGUCAUUGUAGCUGUCCUUAAUAGCAAGAAUUAUUUUUAA